UAUUUGGUCUUCAUCUGCCUGCAAAUAUGACAAUUAGAACAGCCCGUCCGAACCGGGGACAACAUUUCCGGCCCCGUAUACAUUGCCUCAAAAAGCUGGAAGCCAUUGUGGUGGAGAUGCAGGACCCAAAAAGUGGAGUAAAGGGCUCGGAGCAGAAACUCAAUGUCACUGCCAUCCCACAUGUCAUCACUGGUAAAGACAUAAUUGCAUGGAUUGCCAACAAGAUGAAGACCACACCAGAAGAGUCUAAUGCCUUUGGCACCAUGUUAGUGGCCUAUGGCUACAUCUACCCCCUGCAGAACCACAAGAAACUGGUCAUGUGCAAUGACACCAGCCUCUACCGCUUCCAGACCCCGUAUUUCUGGCCAACACAGAAAUGGGUUGCAGAGGAUUCUGACUAUGCCAUUUACCUCGCCAAAAGGAACAUCCGUAAGAAAGGCAAGCUAGAACCCUACGAACAGGCACAUUACAACCACCUCCACGAAUGGCUGAACCACAAGUGGGACUUUAUUGUGAUGCAGGCCACGGAACAGUACAAGGCUGGUAAGGAGAGGAAGAAGCCGGAUCGUGUGGUAUUUGACUGCCAGGAGAGGGCUUACUGGAUACUGAACAGGCCUCCGCGUCGUACCCACAGUGCUUUGGACUGUGGUCCAGAACGUCUUAUUGAUCCCAAUGAAGAUGAGAAAAUCAGCUUUGACCAAUACAGACGUAUGAACAUGUUCUAUCAACAAGCCAUCAUGAGGUCAAAGGUCAAAUCUAGCGUGUCCCUUGGAGCACUGGUCAAGUACAUCACAACCUACAAAAACCACGACCCAUUCCUGGCUCCAUGUCUACCCAGCAACCCCUGGCAAACAGACAACGACACAUACUGGACCCUCAACAUGAGAAGAGUUGACGUCCCCACUAAGAUGAGAGUGGAGCGCUGGUCCUUCAGCUUGUUUGAGCUCCUGACCGACCUGCGAGGCCGAGACGAUUUCAAGAUCUUCCUCAAGAAGGAGUUCAGUGGGGAGAACUUGGCUUUUUGGGAAGCAGCUGAAGAACUGAAGUGGGGCACUGCAUCUUCCAUGUCAGCAAAAGCUGAGACCAUCUUCAAGACCUUCCUGGCCCCAGGUGCCCCCCGCUGGAUCAACAUUGAUGGCAGGACGAUGGGUCUGACAGUGAAAGGCCUGGAGCAUCCUCACCGCUACGUGCUGGAAGCAGCUCAGACACACGUCUUCCUGCUCAUGAAAAAGGAUACUUUCUUCCGUUACCUCAAGUCACCGGUGUACAAAGACAUCCAGAAGAAGGCACUGAACCCUGAACCUCAUAACUUCAGUCCGGCCCAGCUGGAGCAAAAUGCUCAGAACCGAAGCCCGGGCAUCCAUCCCAUAAUCCUCUGGCAGCAGGAGGAGGAAGAAAAGGCAAAGGCUGCCGCUGCCUCCGCUCCUGUCGACGUCAAGGCCAUGAUGAGCAAAAUAGACAGGAAGAAGUAAAAGUGUAGAGUGGAGGUGUGAGUGUGUGAUUGUGUGUGUAUGCAGGGUUUUGCAGUACUUGUCAUGUGACACACACCAUAUCAGCACAGGUACCAGCUGCUCCUCACAAUCAUCCCAGUAAGUGUUGAUCUGUUUUAGAAAAUUAUCAAACAUGAGAAAUGGAGUUUUCAUUGAUAUGUAUUUGAAAGAUAAGAGGAGGAUCAGAGGGGAUAUAUCACAUGCCAUAGAGACUGCUUUUUUAAAAGUGAUGCAUUAUUUCCAGAUCUAUGUUGUGUUCUGUACAAAUCACAUUAAUGUCAAAAUUUGUAUCAAUUCAAAUCGAUUUCAUUGUAAAUAUUUAAAAUAAAGAUUAUUAUUAUUAUUAUUAUCAGUAAAUUAGACGCUUUGUCCAAAGCCAAGCCUAUUGUCUAAUAUCUGAUUUUCACUAGAGCCAAUUAAACUGCUUUUUAUGUGCUGACUGUGUGAUAGUUAUGUUUUCCAUGUAUAUUAGUCCAUACAACAAGUUAUUGUAUUGUAGCUUUAGUUGCUGCAGUAUGUAUGUAAACAGAAUCACUGUGGCUGUCUACAAGACAGACUGAUUUUUACUAAACUGUCUGUACCUGCUACAAACUGUCAGAUCAGUUCUCAUUAAAAUGCACAACAGUGUGAGUACAUUCGAGUUUAAGAGAAUUCCAUGUGGAUAUUUGUACAGUAUGUAAAUCUUACUGCCUGAGUUUAAUAAAUGAGGUCAAGUUAAAUCAGACUUCAUAUCAUUUUGUGUGUGUAUGUGUGUG